CUGUGGCAUGCCAUCGCCACCGUCACGUACCGGUUCCAAGCCGAGUCAGCAGUUACAGUCUAGAGACGCCUCGCUGUUGGUUGGCUUGAAUGGAGACUCGGCCCUACCUGUACAAGAUGGCAACCCCGACGGCCGUGAUCCUGCCACAAACAUGAAUGGCACGUUCGACUCUGGUCGCCGAGACUCAAUCCAAAACCUUGCUACUAAACUUCCCCAGGACAAGACCCACGACAUUGAUGAUGACCACGAAUCCGCUGUAUCCGACACUGGUGCCCUAACGAUAAUGCCUUACUGGAUUGCCAAACGUCAUACAAGCGCUGGACACCCAACUCCGCCACCUGCUUGGAUGGCAAAGGCAACCCCUUGGCGUUCAUCUCCAGUCAGACUCAGAACAUCCCACGUCCUACUAGUUCAAUGUUUAAAGAUUGGUGCGCUGCCCCCCGACAUCGUGCCCACGGAUCCACGCGCCGUGCUGGAAUGCUGGGUCGACCCUGCGUCUAUCUUCGACUCCGAGUCGCAGAAGGCCCUCGAAAUCAUCAAUGCUAAGUUAAGGGGACAAUUCGACACUCUCAAGGCCAAGAAUCAACAGCUUCAAUAUUGCGAUCUUCCGGACCCGACUAUGGCCUAUCUUCGCCGUGUCUGUGUGACAGCCCGGCGCGAAGCUGGUCGCGAUGCGAUCGUAUUCUACUACAACGGUCAUGGCGUGCUUAAACCCACCAUCGAUGGGGAGCUAUGGUGCUUCAACGAGGAUCGUACUGAGUAUAGUGCGGUCUCAAUCUCGAAGCUGCAGUUGUGGCUAAAUUCUCCUUGCGUGUAUAUUUGGGAUUGUGCGGCGGCAGGACGGUUACUUUCUGGUUUCAUUCACUCUGCACAGGAGAAUGACAAAAUAAACGCCACGGUACCAAACCCCCCACGCCCGUUUGCGGACUGCCUACAGCUGGCUGCUUGUGCCGCGGACGAACAGUUGCCCUCAUGCCCAGAGCUUCCUGCCGACGUCCUCACGUCGUGCCUGACAUCUCCGAUACAGAUGGCACUACAUUAUUUCAUCCUCCGCAAUAAUCUCGUGCUUCCUGUUGGAGUUACGAUAGAUUCGGUCAAGGAGCUGCCUGGCGACGCCAGCAACCGACAAACGCCACUUGGAGAGCUCGAGUGGAUAUUCAUCGCGAUCACCGACGCUAUUGCCUGGACCUCAUUACCUCCUGACGUGUUUAAUCGACUAUAUAGGGCUGACAAGAUAGUCUCCUCUCUUUUCCGCAACUAUCUGCUCGCGGAACGUAUUCUAAAGGAUUACGGAUGCACGCCACAUACCUAUCCUCCCAUCCCUUCGAUGAAUACACAUCCUUUGUGGGAUACAUGGGACCUCGCCGUCGAUGCAUGCCUCCGUCAACUACCUGACCUUCUGAAGAACCCAGAAAGGACUCCCGACCCGUCGGCCAUACCAAGAGACCCGUACAGUCGAGCGCAGUUGCGGGACGUGUUGUACCCACGUGCCGACUUGUACGAACCAUACGAAUACAAGCCCACUCGAUUCUUCGCUGACACUCUUACCGCUUUUGAAGUAUGGAUCUCGCACGGCGGUAUUGCGCCGAAGGCCCCAUCUUUCCUCUCAUCAACUCACCAUACCUACAGUAACACAGACACUAUUCUCGACCUUGGUUCUCGAACAGGCGAUCUGUCUGUUCCUCUCAUACCGCGCCCACCCGAACAUCUUCCAAUUGUCAUGCAGGCUCUCAUGACGCACCGACAUCGUCUCCGCACUCUUAUUCUGCUGGCGCAAUUCAUGGAUCUCGGGUCAUGGGCGGUUCAUCACGUCCUUCGUGCGGGCUUCUUUGGCCCACUGAUGAACCUUCUGAGACCUGUGACACCGAGGGAAGAUCUACAGCCUGUACUUAUAUUCAUCUGGGCCCGCAUACUGGCCGUAGACCCAACCUGUCAAAUGGAUCUCUAUAAUGGCCAAGUAAUCCGCUACUUUUCCAACGUUCUACGCAUGCCAGACGACCAACUCCGGGCCAUAAUUCCUAAUAUUUCGGAGCACAAGGCGAUGUGUGCGUUCAUUCUAGCCGUCAUCGCUCGGGGAUUUCCACAAGGCCAAAACGCAUGCUUCCGUGAACAGGUAUUCCACGCAUGCUUUCAGUGUCUCGACGCAAACGACUAUCUGCUUCGUCAGUGGUCCGCGCUCUGUAUUGCGCAACUAUGGGCCACUAACGACGAGAUCAAGGCAUUCGGUGUGGACCACGGGACCCAGGAUAAGCUCAUCGCCUCGCUUUUGGACGAUUCUCCGGAGGUACGGACGGCAGCGGCGUUUGCACUUGGAACAUUUUUGGGCGCGUCAGGGUCUGCGCAAUCGAGCCAGUGCGAUAACGUCGGUACAGGGGCGAUGCUUCAUCUCGAGGAGAGGGUCCAUUGUAGGAUGGAGGUCGCUGUCGCCACGAGUGCAACGCUCGCAAUCAAGGACGAUGCAAGUCCAAUGGCACGGAAGGAAUUGGUUGUUCUCAUAAGCUGCUUGGUGAACGAGUGGAAGGGGCAUUUUGUCGUUUGUGCCUGGCUAUAUUGGGAGGAGGAUAGGCGGUGGAGGUCGGUCAGUCCAGAAAAGAAGUCCUCUACUCGGAAGACUCUUUCGAAGUUUGCGGUGCAGGAGUGGUUAGAAGGUUGUGGGGAUGAUGAAAUUUUACGAGAGGAAAAUCGGGUCCUACUCUCAUACAUCUUUACCAUCUUUUCGACGUUAUUGGAGCUCUACGUCGACCCUUAUCAAGAGGUAGCGACGCUCGCGAAGACCGUCGUGGACUAUAUCAUGGCCCUUCUUCUCGACUCGCCCUUCACCAAACUAGAGACCUCGUCGCUCAAACCACCACCGAAACCGUAUGAUCGCCCCGCAAGUGGGUUAGGGAGACGUAACUCAGUACAAUCACCGCAGUCGCUUGCACGUUCCUCUUCUCCAUCCCUUUUACGCUCGACAACCGGCGUGCCUACCAGCAAGGAACCAUCCAACUUGACCCAAGCACUCAGAAAGAUGACGCUUCCAAUAGUGACCACGGGCCGCUCUUCGCCAACACUUAGUAGCUCUUCUCGGUCUUCUCACUCGCCGCUUGGCUCCUAUCCUCCGCCUCUUCGACCACCAUCACCAAACUUCAACUUUACACGAUACGUUUCGCCGUAUGCGAACGAUCCCGUAUCUUCAUCUUCGUCUGAUCUCGACUCGGACUCUCCCCCCUCGCCGACAUCCCCACUUCUUUCCUCCUCUCCACACACGCAUUCACAGCCGCAGUUGUCCCCUUCGGAUGUCAUUGAAGCUCUCAUCGAGGAGGAUAUAGAGAGACUGAGAACUCGGCGACGCAAAGGGCAGCGACACCAAACCUCACAGGGAACAAGCCCUUCAGAGAGUUCCUUUUCAGAGGGUUCAAAUGCGAGUAGUGUGAUACUGGGUCUUGGAACGGGGACAGGACUACGAGAUAUGCUACCCUUGAAGAGCACGUACUUUGAAUCCUGCUGUGAUUAUUUCAGGGAACCUCAGAUGAGACAAGCGGAGGCCGACGAACCAGGCAGUAUCGAGUAUAAUCAUCAGUCGUGGCGUCUGCAGCGUAAUGAACAGAUGAUUGCGCGAAUUCCGGCCCAAGAUGAGGUAUCCACUGAGCACAAAUGGGAUAAAACCGUCACGAAUUUCCGUGUGUCUGGCGCUCCGCUGCUUAUGGCUUUUCAUUCCUUUGAUCCUCACAUCGUAGUGGCCAACGGACCAGAUGCUGUCAGCGUCUGGGAUUGGUCACGACGUCAACAACUGGCGUCCUUCAUGAACGGCAAUCCUCAAGGGACAGCCAUCACCUCACUCCGCAUUAUCAACCAGGAGAUUGGUGGCAUCAUCCUUGUGGCAUCAGCGGAUGGUAUACUUCGGUUGUAUCGCAACUAUGACCCCGCCACCAGCAAUGCACCGGUGCAACUUGUCAGCGCCUUCCGUGCGCUCAGCGAGAUCGUCCGGCCUGUUCCUCACGGAGUCGGGACGAUCGUAGACUGGCAACAGUUGACUGGCCAUUUGCAUGUCAGCGGAGAUUCCCGUUUGAUCAGAAUAUGGGAUGCACACAAUGAAAUGCAAGUCAUGGAUCUGACAACGAGUUCGGGAAGUCCUGUUACCACGAUAGCUUCCGAGAAUCAUCAUCCGUCUCUCCUAGUCACUGGCUUCGGCGAUGGCUCGAUCAAAGUCUUUGACAAACGAUUGAGAGAGGACAAAGCCGUUGUGCAUGAAUAUAUCCGCCACGCAUCGUGGGUAGAAAACGCGCGAUGGAGCCCUACGCAUGACCGGCAGUUUCUUUCAGCCAGUCUGGACGGUGCAGUACACUUAUGGGAUAUCCGCCGUUCCGAGAAAUCCGUAGGAACUUGGAACCCAGUUGCAGGUGGUCUCUCAGCAUUUGAUGUACAUCCCAAUUCUGGUGUAUUCGCUGCGUCUUCUGUCGUCUCUCCCUCGAACAGGAGGAACAUACGGACUGCUGUCCAUGCAAUCUCUUCCAAAACUAUACCUCUUUCCAGUGUCACUAUCCCUUCAGGCAUAUCGCCUAUCACUAAUCCGAGGUCUCUGCCGACAUUUGGACCUCGAGCUCAUUCUCUCGCUUUUCAUCCUCUGGAAAUGGUUUAUGGCAUCGGUAGUCCUGACGGGACCGUGCAUAUUUUAGGUUGUAGGCUCAGUUAAUUGAAUGUCUUCUUAUCCAUAAUAUCUCUCUUGAAUCCUUCACUACUCGCAAUAUCGUACAUGCUCUAUUUC